AUGAGAGAAGGCACCCCUGGCCGAGAGAAGGCACUCCCGGAUGGGGAGAAGGGCCCCCCUGGCACAAAGAGAAGGGACCCUGGCAUGAGAGAAGCACUCCCCGGGAAAAGAGAAGGCACUCCUGGCAUGAAGAAGGCACCCUGGCACGAGAGAACACUCCCGGGACGAGAGAAAGGGACUCCUGGCAUGAGAGAAAGGGCCCCCUGGCAAAGAGAGAAAGGGACUCCUGGCACGAGGAAGGACUCCUGGGACAAAAGAAGGACUCCCGGGAUUUUAAGAAGGCACUCCUUGGGUGAGGAAGGCACUCCCGGCAAGAGAAAGGGACUCCAGGACGAGAAAGGGACUCCUGGCAUGAGAGAAGGGACUCCUUCAUUAAGAAGGCCCCUCCUGGCUGAGAGAAGGGGACUCCUUGGGAUGAGAGUGGCCCCUCCUGGCACGAGAGAAGGCCUCCUGGGAUGA